AUCUAAUAGUAAUUUAUUGGGGAGAUAUUGUAAAUUCGAACUGUUUUAGUUAAUAAAGGAGCUAAUUAAUGAGAACCAGCCUCGCUUUUGCAGAUGGUGGAGGGCCCCCAGUUGUUGCCGGGGGAGGGGCGCGCGGCGGUUUUGGGGCAAAACCCUCGCCAAUCGAUUAUUUUAUGCUAAAUAUGACAUUUUAGGGCGCUUCGCCAUUCUCAAGCCAGCGCUGGGAGCCGUAGCUUUUUUUUUUUUUUUUAAAUAAAAUGCUUUAUGGGAUUUUUUAUGAUUUUUUAUGAUUGGGGGGGUGAAGAAGGCGGGGGGGGGAGAAAAGGCGUAAAAAGGCGGAACUUGCUGUUGUGUUUUGUCUCGGCUGCCAGGGGAGGGGAGGGCCCCCCCCCUCCCAGCGCAAUUUGGGGCUCACGUGACCCCCCCGGACCAAUGGGGCCGAGCCGUCGGUUUAACUAUGUUUAAUGUCAGAUAGCAAUAAAGUAGAAGCUUUCGGUCAGGCCCGCGGAAAUGGGCGAGCACAACCUCCUUAAUCCCGGCUUUGUGGGACCUCUGGUGAACAUCCACACGGGAGACACCUUCUACUUCCCUAAUUUCCGUGCCUCCGGAGGGCAGCUGCCCGGUUUGCCUUCCCUCUCCUACCCCCGACGGGAUAACGUCUGCUCCCUGCCCUGGGCAUCCUCGGAACCCUGCAAUGGGUACCCUCAACCCUACCUGAGCAGCCCCGUCUCCAUUAACCCUUCCUUCGGCAGAGCCUGCGACCUCGCCCGGGUGGAGGAAAGCAAAUGUUAUUACCGGGAAACCUGCUCCGAAACCACCGGGCUCAAGAGGGAGGAGAGGGGCAGGGACAGUGCCUUGCUGCCCCUCGAAUCCAGCCUCCCCAAUGGCAUGGGGGGCAAUUUCAGCAAAUAUGACUAUCCGAGCAGCGAGGCGGUGCCCCACGACCCUCCGUCCUGCCAGUCCUUGGAGUCAGACUCCAGCUCCUCCUUGCUCAAUGAAGGGAAUAAAGGCACGACCGGAGAAGCGGGGGGUUUGGUGUCCCCCCUGAACCAAGGCAGCACUUUAGGCACCGGUGGUGCUCCUUGGUACCCGAUGCACACACGGUCCCGGAAAAAACGAAAACCCUAUUCCAAGCUGCAGCUGGCAGAGCUGGAAGGGGAGUUUAUGGUCAAUGAAUUCAUUACUCGCCAAAGAAGGAGGGAGCUCUCAGACCGAUUAAACCUGAGCGACCAGCAGGUGAAGAUCUGGUUCCAGAACCGGCGUAUGAAAAAGAAAAGACUCCUCCUGAGAGAGCAAGCCCUUUCUUUCUUUUAAAGUUUUAAAAAGCGUCCGUGUCGGGUAUUAAAAAACAAACAAACAACAGAAAAAGAAAAAAAAAAACCAUAAAAACAAACCAACCAAACCCACAUAGACUCUCUAGCGUUCACCCGAGCUCCCGGGACUUUACCUGAUCACUCUUAAUCCCCCCACCCCUCCCUACCCAGAAAUCAAUGAAUAAAGAAAUAAUAUUAAUAAAUAACCGGUUUCCCUUAAAAUACGAAACCCGACAGCGAGAAAAAAAAAUACUAAUAAUGCAUCUUCUCCGCCGGGACGGCGGGAGGACAGACGGCUUCCAGAGAUGCUCGGCGGGCUGAAGGGGAGGUUUUGAGCGCGACUUUAGCCGCUUGUCCUUUGCCAGCAGCACAGGUAGGGAUUCCGUGCAGCGCCGGGCACCGUCGGGGCCGUCGGGGGCCGCCACCCCCACCCCACCCCCCACCUCCCCGGCUUCGGUUGGCGGCGAGACCGGGGUGGAGGGUGAUGAGGG